GCUUGAUAAUCCACUCACGGCGCUAAAGAUAGGCGGCAGGAUUAUUUUCACGUGAGCCACGGGGCUUUCGAACAGCCGGGCAGGAAGUGGAACAGCGAGAGCAUCCAGUCAAUUUAUCAAAAGACACCCCCCACAACAUCGUAUACGUAUGUCUCCUAUACAACACCACGGACAACGAGAGAUUCAUCUUGGAGUACUUGUAGAGACAAUAUCUGGGAGUUGGCCAGCAAGACACUCCGCUACUGAGACGCUCCUGGUGUGGUAUGGCGCGUGGCGGGGGACGGAUCAAAACCACAGCGCAGCCGGAACGCAGCUCAGACGCGCCUGGUGGAAAAUCCGGGUAAGAGUGAACUUAUCUUGUGUCACUGUGGUCAAAGUGAUGAAGUAGUGUUAAGGAAUUAUGAUUCCUCGAGUUUUAUUAAUUAUCAUUUGUUCAUUUUCCAUAAACACUGUGUUCCAAAUGGUCUCACACUGUUGUCUGAGCUGUGAUAUGGAGAUGCACUCAUCCCGGACUCAGCUAUCCAGCUAGCAGGCUACACAGCACAGCGCCAGGACAGGACGAGUAACUCCGGUAAGAGCAGAGGAGGAGGACUGUGUGUGUAUGUCAACAACCUGUAGUGUACUAACACAGUGACUUUGGACCGUCACUGCUCCCGGGACCUGGAGUACGUGACUAUCAAAUGUCGUCCCAUUUAUCUCCCGAGAGAGUUUACCGUUGUCCUGAUCACCGUUGUGUACAUUCCGCCGGAUGCUAACGCUAACGUAACUCUCGGACUUUUAAAUGUUAGCAUUAGCAGUCAACAGAGCAGGUAUCCUGAGGCAGUGUUUAUCGUUGCGGGGGACUUCAACCACGCAGACUUAAAAGCAGUGAUCCCAAAAUUCCAUCAGCACGUAAAGUGUACAACCAGAGGAGCUAACACACUGGACAAGGUCUACUCAAACAUCAAGCGGGGCUACAGGGUUAGCCCUUUACCACAUCUGGCCCAGUCUGACCACCUGUCACUGCUUUCAGUCCUGGCAUACACACCCCGCAGGAAAACCGCUCCUACCAUCACAAAAACUGUUAAAACAUGGCCUGAUGGAGCCUCUCAGGAGCUGCAAGACUGCUUUGACAGGACCUGUUGGGACAUUUUUGAACAUCCAGAUCUGAAUAUGUUUACAGACAGUGUUCUGUGUUAUAUUAAAAACUGCAUAGACACUGUCACAGUAGACAAACACAUACAGGUCUACCCCAACCAGAAGCCCUGGAUGUCAAAGGAGGUCCAGCAGUUGUUAAAGGCGAGGAACAAUGCCUUCAGAUCAAGGGACGGGGCUCUCUACAGCGCAGCACGUACCAAUCUGAAGCGGGGCAUCCGAAAGGCCAAGUCAGACUACAACAACACCUUCGUCAAAUUCACUGAUGACACCACGGUGGUGGGGCUCAUCUCGAAGGGGGAUGAGUCCAACUAUAGAGACGAGGUGGAGCAAUUGGCAGGGUGGUGCAGAGCUAACAACUUGCUCCUCAAUACAUCAAAGACAAAGGAGCUAAUCGUGGACUUCAGGAGGAAGAAAACGGACAUCCAGCCACUGCUCAUAGGUGGGACCUGUGUUGAGAGGGUCUCUGACUUCCGCUUCCUGGGAGUCAACAUCAUGGAGGACCUGAUCUGGGACGCCCACACCACGGAGCUAGUAAAAAAGGCCCAGCAGAGACUUUACUUCCUGAGAGUCCUAAGGAGGAACAACAUCCCCCAAAAACAGCUGGUGUCCUUCUAUCGCUGCUCAAUUGAGAGCAUCAUGUCAUACUGUCUCUGUGUGUGUGGUUUUCAAGCUGCACUGUGGCACAGAGAAAAAAGCUCCAGGGGGUCAUAAAGGCAGCACAGAAAACCAUUGGCUGCCCUCUCCCCUCCCUGGAAGAACUUCACAGCUCCUGCUGCCUCAAAAAGGCCAAAACCAUCCUACAGGACUCAUCACACCCCGGUCACACACUGUUCGAACUACUGCCGUCAGGCAGGAGAUACAGGUCCAUGAAAUCAAGAACAAACAGACUACAAAACAGCUUUUAUCCAACAGCUGUAAGUGCAUUGAAUAAUGCUGCUAAAGUAUAGUUCCUACCACUAAUCUACCUCAAUAGGGCUAUGUGCAAUUUUUUAAAUGUGGAUGCCUGUAUGAGUUUGUCUCCCAUGUGUUUUUAGCAUUAGUAUAAUAGGUUUGCAGUAGUAGCUUUUUUUUUACUAUGUAUUUAUUAUUUAUUAUGGUAUAUAUUACCCCAUAGAUGUUUGGCACUGACAAGGACUGCACUGAAUUCCGUUGUAUCUGUUACAAUGACAAUAAAGAUAUUCUAUUCUAUUCAGCCAGAGGCCCAUCUAGAGGUUUUGUUUACUGUGACAGGAGUAGGUACAUUCCUGUAGCUAUCGGCUGGGGACUUUUUAUUGAAAUCUGUCUGUCAACUGUGUACACAUAUACUGUAUGACAGCCUGUCACUGGUGAAGAAGACAGUAUCUCUGAAUGACCGAAGGAAAAGCUAUAUAUAGAGUAUGAAAUUGUAUGGAGACAUGCAAAAGCUUGUCAUUGGUUAUUGAGCAGGGUUAUUGUAAAGAAAUCUUUUCAUUGGUUUAAAAACAUAUUCAUUUGGCUGCUUUCCAAUGAGCAUAGACUUCCUGUUUUGUGACAAGUAUGAAAUCAUUAUGUAUCUCUGUGUUCUUUGGAAGAUGCUGAGGAAAACUGAUCAGGUGAGACCUUGUUACUUUUCCUCGGUAACUUCUCUGUGAUUAAUUACAUAAAACAUUUGCAAUAUUCACCUUUAA